UUCCAGAUCCUGCACUGCAUUCAAGAAAAUAUGGUACAAAUGGGUUACAAUUCAACAUAUAUUCAACAAACAGUGGCCUCUCUAGUUGCUUUACCUAUCAUUUAUAUUUUUCUAUGCAUUCUGGGCCUUUUGGGGAACAUACUCUCACACUGGAUAUUUUUAAGAAAGAUUGGUAGGAAAACAUCAACACACAUCUACUUAAUAAAUCUUUUGACCGCAAAUCUGCUUGUAUGCAGUGCUAUGCCUUUUAUGAGUAUCUAUUUCAUGGAAGGAUUUAAAUGGACAUACAGUUCAGUAAAAUGCAAGGUGGUCAAUUUCUUGGGUACACUGUUCUUGCAUAUUGGCAUGUUUGUCAGUCUCACUACUUUAAGUUGGAUUGCCAUAAGUCGUUAUGCUACCCUUAUGAAAAAGGACUUUACGCUGGAAGAGAAUGCUUCAUUCUAUGAGAAAAUAUUUUAUGGGCAUAUACUAAAAAAAUUCUGCCAACCCAACUUUGCCAAAAAGCUGUGCUGUUUUAUAUGGGGGACUGUAUUGGCCAUAACAAUCCCAGUCGUUGUGUAUUACUCUGCUGUGGAACUUUCACAAGAAAGUGGGGAAAAGUGCUAUAGCUGGAAGACAGAACAUGGUGCUAGCAUUUCUCAGAAUGCUAGACUUGUUGGAACUGCAUUUGUUGAUUCUUGUUUCCUAGUGGUACUGCUGUCAUAUUAUUCUUUUGUCAGCUAUCUGAGAAAAAUAAGGAAAAGUACAUCCAUUACAAAGAAAUAUUCCAUUUACUGUUCAGUGAAAAGACACCUUUUAGUGAUUCAAUUUCUAUUGAUAUUUUGCUUUCUUCCAUAUAGUAUUUUUAUCCCCAUUUUUUGUGCACUAAACAAAACAAAUGACAGCCAACAGCUGACAUACUUAGUAGAAAUAAAAAAUUUCCUUAUCUGUCUUGCUGCUGCUAGAAGUAGCACAGAUCCCAUUAUAUUCCUUCUUUUAGAUAAAACAUUUAAGAAGACCCUAUAUAAUCUUUUUAGAAAGGCCCACUCACCACAUGAAAGCAGUUAA